GCAGCCCCCGUCGCUCUAGGUGAAGCUCAACUCACGCACGAGCUUCAGAAUGAAGCAGGUGUCCAACAUGGCGAACACGAGCAACGGAUCUCUCGCUACUCUCCUCAUUUUAUUCACCAUUUCGGCAGCUAUCCAUACAGGAGCUGCUCAGUUCUCAGUCCAAAGCCAGAAUCUCAUAGCGGACAACAUCUCAGUAGUGGAGGGAGAGACAGCCACCAUAAGCUGUCGAGUCAAAAACAAUGAUGACUCCGUCAUCCAGCUCCUCAACCCCAACAGACAGACCAUCUACUUCAAAGACGUCAGACCCCUGAAAGAUGCUCGAUUCCAGCUGGUCAAUUUCUCAGACAACGAGCUGCGUGUGUCGUUAUCCAACGUGUCUCUUUCAGACGAGGGAAGAUAUGUGUGCCAGCUCUAUACAGACCCCCCACAGGAAGCCUACGCCGACAUCACUGUGCUAGUCCCACCAGGAAACCCAAUCAUAGAGUCCCGCGAGGACAUCGUCAGAGAGGGCAACGAGACAGAGAUAACCUGCACCUCCAUGGGCAGCAAACCUGCCGCAACCAUCAAAUGGAUGAAAGGAGACAAAGAGCUACAGGGCAAAUCUAAAGUGGAGGCCACGUAUGACAGAAUGUUCACUGUGACUAGCUGGCUGAGGUUUACCGUCACAAGAGAGGAUGAUGGAGUUCCUGUGGUUUGCAUUGUCGACCAUCCAGCAGUCAAGGACUUUCAGGCACAGAAGUACCUGGAAGUACAAUAUAAACCUGAGGUGACGAUCAAGGUGGAGUUUCCACAGGGCCUGAUUAGAGAGGGUGAGAAUCUGGAACUGACUUGCCAGGUUAAAGGCAAACCACAGCCUCAUCAGGUGAACUGGGUAAGAGUGGAUGACGAAGUGCCGUCUCACGCAGUUAUCACCGGCUCAGAUCUCUUCAUUGAGAACCUCAACAAGUCCUACAACGGCACUUACCGCUGUGUGGUGUCCAACUCUGUGGGUGAAACAUACGCUGACUACAUCCUUUAUGUGCGCGAUGCCCUUACCACAACCCCUAAACCCACAACCACCACCACCACCACCAUCUCCACAACAACCUCCCCUCCAGACAUCAUACAAGACGCUGCGCCCAGCACUGAAGCCGCAGCUCACGAUUCACAAGCAGGACCAGAAGCACAGAGAUUGGACCAUGCGGUUAUCGGAGGAGUGGUGGCCGUCGUGGUCUUCGCCAUUUUGUGUCUUCUCAUCGUUUUGGGACGAUACUUUGCAAGACACAAAGGCACCUACUUCACACACGAAGCCAAGGGGGCGGACGAUGCAGCAGACGCCGACACGGCCAUCAUCAAUGCUGAAGGGGGCCACAACAACUCGGACGAGAAGAAGGAGUACUAUAUCUGAGUCCCGAGGCCUCUGUUGUUCUUACUAUUUUCUUUUUCGUUUUGUUUUUGGCGGGAGGGGGUGGGGCAUGGGGAAACUGAAAUUCUUUUUGGUUUACUUGUUUGUUCGUUUCAUUUUCUUUCCUGGGGAUCGAAUGACAUAGAAUGCUACACGGGCAGCUGAGAAGAUGUAGGUAUUUGUGUUAUACAGUGGAAUCAGGGUCAGGGGGGAGGGGGUUUCGGGGCGGGCGGGAUACCAGACGUUGCCAGAUAUGAGUGUAGAAAGCAUCACCACACAGCACUUCCCCAACUGCUGGUAUUUUUUGUUCAUUUUCGACCAUUUGCAGAAAAUUCUGUGCCUUGUUCUGAAUUUCUUUUCUUAGUCAUGCUUUAAACGCCAUCCAUCACGUCACACCUUAAACCCCUCUCCCUGGAAACACACAUACACCACCAUCUCUGAUUAACUUUAUCUGCUUUCUUAUGAAGCGCAUACCUCUAUACAUUCCCCUACACUGUGGGCAUCUCCUUCAAAACAUCAUAUCCUCUGUACUAAGAGCAGGCCUAGUCACAUAACAGCAUUUUGAUUUACUCAAUCCGGAGUCAUCAGCAUCAUGAAGGGAAGUACAAGCAGCAUGCUUCCUUCCUGUCCCCUGUCAAGUUGAUGAGACCGGCAGAGAAUUGAUCCUGAACGUUGCACCUGUUUUCAUUCUGACAGGCGGCAUCUGCAUCACUGCAGAAUGCUUUUAUCCUUGGUUUACUUCAUUUACUUGAGUUUUUUCCCAAUUAUACUGUAUGUGCCAGUACAUCUGAAGCAUCGCAACCGCUCAGAAUGAGCAUAGGUGCAGAUGAACGGUUCCUGCUACACUGCACCUACGGAGAGGCUUAUCAUCUCGUUCUGCUCAGCUAGACACAGCCGAAAGCCCUUGCAGCUAUUUAUUGUUUCGGCAUAAUGAUGUCUUAGUUUUUCUUGGCAUUUUCAUCCAGACACAUUUUCGCACAUGCCAUAAUAACGAAAGAGUCGCCGUCACUGAAAAAGGUCUAAAUGCUGUGGCUUACGUUUUGUUUUAUUUUGCAGUAGUUUCCCAUGCAGGGCUGGUGAAGGUGACCCUCUAGCACACGUAAAUAACUACCUAAAAUUGUGUCAAAGCGAACGCUUUAGAGUCUGUUUUGUUAGGCUCAAGGGAGGAUGCAUCACAACCAUCAUGUUUGUAGAUGUACAGAGAGGGAAGAUUUGGAAAUGAUUUGAUUGCUAUAACUCUACUACCUUAAAAUGCAUUUUAACAGCCAAAAAACAUCUGCAUUUGUGUAUCUCGUUUGUAGGCGAGUCAGUGAGGAUGUGACAUUGAUGUUAAGCAGUCGAACAAGUGUGUAAUGGUAUAUGAUUGCCUGUCAAGUUAAUUGCCUGUUUGUUCUUCCUCAGAGGAAACAGUGGCAAUCGCAGCUAGCUUAUCCUAGUGAUAUUAGUAUUUGAAUAAAAACUGCCCAAAUUUCCCAGGCUUCAUGGUGCGAAAAAGAACCACGGUGACAUAAUUUCCUCUUGAAGUGUAAACAAUGUGUGUUUUAUUGUUUAUAAUUGCUGUGAGUUGCUCCUCCGGGUUCCUGCUUCUGCAUAAUAGUCCUGGGCUUCAAAUGAGGUUAGUUUAAAUGAGAGUGAAACAGUCUUUUAUUACAAAUACAGUUUGAAAAAAGAGUGGAAAAAGCUUUUAAUAACAUUCCAAAUAUUUUAGGAAUACCUUCUACGAUGUAAUUAGCCGCAAUUGUGGAUUUUCCCCUUUAUUGUCAACAUGUGAUGCUAACCAAAAAACUCUGCCAACACGCUCAAGUAUCAUGCUCUCUUCGCUCCUGUGAAUGCGUUAGACAUUUCACAUAAGCCUAGCUACAAACGUAGUGCCCGUUAAGGGUACAUAAUCUAAGGUGGCUAAGAUGUCUAAAGUACUUUUCCUAAAGAGAAGUAUUUCUUCUCAUUUUCUCAUGACUCUCUCUGUAGUGUAAGUGAAGUUAGAUGCCAUAGUUUAGGCCCUGCUGAAAUCAACCUCAGUGUGUAAAUAAAACGGCGAGGUUGAGGGGGGAAAACAUACUCUGGUUUGCUUUUUCUUAUUAACAAAAAAAUAAAAAAUACCAAGCAUCCACUGAGACGUUUUAGAGUAUGUGCAUUAACCAUGAGAAACAUGUUUGGACGCAUUUGUUUUUACGUAGAAUACAAAUCCGAGGGAAUGUCUUGCAGCUUGAUGGUUACCGUUGCAGUUGAGAUAUACAGUUGUGUGGCUUGUGCUUAACUAGUGAGCAUCAUUUAGCUUUGGUCUGGCAGCUUCUGAACAGAAUUUCAGACAUCCCUUCUUCUCUUUUGCAUAUGUGAGAGACAUGACAUCAGUAUACUAAUUUGUGGUAUUUAGACUGGGCCGAUGUACAUUUUGUUCAACUUGUUAUGUUAGACCUGUUUUAAUGUGAUUAAUGUGGUUUAAUCCACUCUACUAGACUCUGAGGACUUAAGACAGACGGUCGAUGGGAAGACGCGGUUACUCCAGUGAUCUAUUUUCUCGUCUGCCUCUUGUACAGCAGGUUGAAUUGAAAGUGUCCAAAUAUAACUGCUUGUUUUGAGAUGUGAACUGGGCUCGGUUUCAGUUCUGUUGUCUCUGUUGUCGUGUUUGUUGCUUUACUAGUGCCCCUUGUUUGAUAGUGCAACAGUGUUACUGAUGGAACUUGAUUUGAUUUCUUUUAUUUGAACUUGACAGUUUCAUUUAAGCCCUGUCUCAGGUUCACAAACAGUACAUGGUAUGUUUGCAUCUCAGGUAGAAUGCAAAAGUUCAGCCCCUGAUUAAGAAAGUUGAAAUUAAAUACAAACCAGAUCAAGUUGGAUCUCAAAUCAAAAGUGAAUUUUACAUUAGAACUACGUUUUGUGUAUUUUUUGUUGAUGUUGUUUAUUUGGUGCACUGUAAAAUGCAUACAUAAUGUACACACUAUGUUGAGUUACUUGAGUAUUAUCCUUUUUUUUAGACCUACUUCACACAGAGAGGACAGGAAAGGGCGAACCAACUGCUCUCAUGAUAAAAUGUCAUUAUUUUACACGUUUUAGAAGAAAAUGAAAACAAAUAUGAAGGCCCAACUGUAAAUCUAAUCAUCAGUGGGACAUAAGCAGAUCGUAUGAUAUAAAAUUAUACGAAUUCACUCCCAAUUUGGCAAAACGUAAAAUAGUUCAUUUCCACGAGAGUGUGUUGGGGCAAACAAGUAUCAAUUUGAAUUCAAAGUCGACAUGUUUCUCGUUCUGGUUCCAGCUAGUUUGGAAAGUUUGAAGGUUUAUCAUUAUCAUUGUUUUUAGGUUGGUUAUUUUUUGUCUUUCUGCUGUACUUGAGCAAUGUUAAUGUGUAUUAAUGAAGAAAAAAUGAUAUUCACAAUCCCAUACACAUUUUGUAUUUGUUCAUAUUAGACAUUUUUACAGAAAAAAAAUGGAGAGUUCUUGUCUUAAUAAAAAAGAAAAGAUAUUAAUGUUCAAAGUAA